CGUCUUCUAACUUCCUCAUCAGCAGUUUUUCCUCUUCACCUUCUCUUGGGUCUAUCUGCAGCUUCCCUUCCGCAUCUUCCUCUGUCUUCGAUAUGAAGGCUUUUCUACUCAUUGCUCUCCUGAGCGCAACGUCGUAUUGUGCCCCAGAUCACGGCUUCUCAAAUGGAUUUGGAAGCAGCAAUGGUGCCCUAAGCAAUGGCUAUGAUGCCCAACUAAGCACAUCCUACGGAGUUCCUAAUGGGGAAUAUCGGGUCGAUUUCGAAAUUGCUGCCUUGUCUGAAAACAUUCCAGGUGGUGGUGUCCCUGGAGUAGACUAUCCAGUCCUGGCUGAUGUCCCUGACACAGGAUUCUCCUGCGAUGCCCAAACUGUCCCUGGAUACUACGCCGAUACAGCCCCUGAGGCUGGCUGCCAGGUCUUCCACAUCUGCCAGGACAGACCCAAUGGACGCCGCCAGCAGGACUCCUUCCUCUGCCCCAACGGCACCAUCCUCAAUCAGCAGUACUUGGUCUGUGACUGGUGGUUCAACUUCGACUGUUCCACUGCUCAAGACUUCUACUUCGUCAACGAAUUCAUUGGAGUCGAACCAACUGCUCAGUAUGCUAAUGGUAUCAUCAAUGGCAACGGAAAUGGUCUUGGGAGGUCCGCAUACACUAAUGGAAAUGGCAAUGGUCUGAAUGGCAAUGGUAAUGGUGCAACUGGCUACACCUAUGGCAAUGGCAACGGAAAUGGCAAUCUAAGGAGUGGAUUAACCAACGGUAAUGGAAAUGGCAAUGGAAGGAAUGGAUACACAAAUGGAAAUGGUAAUGGAAAUGGCAAUGGGUUGAAUGGAAAUGGCAAUGGACUGAAUGGAAACACCAAUGGAAAUGGAAAUGGUAAUGGAAAUGGAAGGAGUGCAUAUACCAAUGGAAAUGGAAAUGGCAAUGGAGUGAAUGGAUACACCAAUGGAAAUGGAAAUGGCAAUGGAGUGAAUGGAUACACCAAUGGAAAUGGUAAUGGAAAUGGCAAUGGAGUGAAUGGAUACACCAAUGGAAAUGGAAAUGGCAAUGGAGUGAAUGGAAAUGGCAAUGGAAAUGGAAGGAGUGCAUAUACUAAUGGAAAUGGAAAUGGCAAUGGAGUGAAUGGAUACACCAAUGGAAAUGGAAAUGGAAAUGGAAAUGGCAAUGGAGUGAAUGGAUACACCAAUGGAAAUGGAAAUGGCAAUGGAGUGAAUGGAAAUGGCAAUGGAAAUGGCAAUGGAAAUGGAAGGAGUGCAUAUACUAACGGAAAUGGAAAUGGCAAUGGACUGAAUGGAUACACCAAUGGAAAUGGAAAUGGAAAUGGAAGGAGUGCAUAUACUAAUGGAAAUGGAAAUGGCAAUGGACUGAAUGGUUACACCAAUGGAAAUGGAAAUGGAAAUGGAAAUGGAAGGAGUGCAUAUACUAACGGAAAUGGAAAUGGCAAUGGACUGAAUGGAUACACCAAUGGAAAUGGUAAUGGAAAUGGAAAUGGAAAUGGAAGGAGUGCAUAUACCAAUGGAAAUGGAAAUGGCAAUGGACUGAAUGGAUACACCAAUGGAAAUGGUAAUGGAAAUGGAAAUGGCAAUGGACUGAAUGGAUACACCAAUGGAAAUGGUAAUGGAAAUGGAAAUGGCAAUGGAGUAAAUGGUUACACCAAUGGAAAUGGCAACGGAAGGAGUGGAUACACAAAUGGAAAUGGCAAUGGAAAUGGAAACGGUAAUGGAUUAAAUGGGUAUACCAAUGGAAACGGCAACGGACAUUCCAAUGGAAAUGGCAAUGGCAGCAAUGGACUCGCCAAUGGCAAUGGAAACGGCGGCGUCGUCAGAUCCCCAUCGCUGUCCUAUGGCGCCCCCCUCCCUUAAACUGAGGAGAAGAAACGACCCAAAUCCCCAAAAAGGCACCGGACCAGGAAUCGGCUUCUCUAACUGGAACCUCCAUUAGCCUCUAUUUGUUCUUAUUCUAAGUCCAUCUACUUCUUAUUAUUCCUUUUUUACAUCUAUUUAUAGCUUUUUUGUAUUUCGAAAAUUAUAUUUUAGGAAAAAUAGUCAUUAUAUUUUUGAUAUUUUAAUAACUAUUUUUUAUGACAACGACUUUCUAAAAACGAAUAACAAAAUGCAGUAAAAAAAUAUAUGACAGCAAGGUAU